UCAACGCGUUGGCUGUGUGUUCUCUGGCUUGGUCGGUUUCAUGGUCUGCUAGCUUAUUCGCUACGUCGGGCUAGAGUUGGGCGUGCGGUCAGCGUGAUCGGUGCAAAUGUGCUAACUGGCGUGCUACUGCAGUUGCUAAUGUAGUCUCUUGGACGCUUUAUGGACUGUAGAAGCGUCCGAAGUGCAGUCGUGAAUAUGCGACUUUAAGCCCAGUGAUUUUAGUUGUGCCAUAUUCAUAUUGUGUUUUUGAUAAAAUGGAUGUGACCUCGUUAUUUAAGGCAUGUGUGAAGACUUUGCGAACUCGCAAUAAAGCACUCGGCUUGUUUAAAGAUGCUGGCAAAAAUUCUAUACUGAAACCAAGGCAGCCGCCCUCUGAUUUCAACUACCGGGUUAGAGAAAUUAAUUCCAACAUCUCGAAGAUGAAAAACUUCCUCAGGGAGCACAGAGAUGACUACAUAAACGCAACCCAGGUGAUGUACAGCACGUCGUGGAUGACAGACGCCGAGAGAGACAGAAUUGACAAGGAGGUUCAGCAGUUCGUCUUCCAGUGUCGGGAGGUGCUGAAAAACUUGCGGAAGGAAGUAAGAAACCAAGCACUGACGCCACAGCAGCUGGAACAUCACGAAGGGGUCAUCUGUUUGUUAGAGGAUCAUUUGAGAAGUGCUUGUAGGAUGUACUCUGAGCAAAAGGCCAUACGUGUGAAGCGAGCAUAUGACAAGCAGAAGAUGGGUAGACUGGAGCCUGAGAUAAAAAAUAAGGCACCCCAUGCUAUGGAAGGAACUGGUGAAGAGCCAUAUCAGGUGCCGGCUGAAGCACAACCAGCAGUUGCUGCUUAUGGGGAUGUUUCAGACGACCUUUUCUCAUUUGAUGGCUGGGAUGAGAAUGUGGUGAUCUCGUAUGAAGAGUUUCAAAUGUUUGAGCAAGAGAACAAGAAGCUCUAUGAGGAGUUGAAUGCACUCUCCGAUGAAGUCAAGAGCAUUGAGGGAAGUGUUAUGCAGAUUUCACAGCUGCAAAAGGUGUUCACAGAAAAAGUGUUGGAACAGGAUCAGGAAAUGGAGCGCAUUUCUUAUACGCUUGGUGGUGCUACCGAAAACGUGAAGGAUGGCAAUGAGCUACUACGUCAGACAAUGAAAAAUAAUGCUGGCGUUAGGAUAUCAGUCCUGUUUUUCCUCUUGGUGAUGUCAUUUUCACUUCUUUUUCUUGACUGGUACAAUCCAUAAUGUUAUUUUCAGUCAUUUCUUUCUGUGAAUAAAAUAUUUGAUACAUAA